GGCGGGAAGAGGUCGGGCCUCACCGAUGGCGGGAGGCGGGGAAGAGUAACGCAAGCAGCCGCGACGCCAUUUGCUGCUGCUGAGCGUGGGUGCAGGCGGUUCUCAGUAGAGCCGGGUCGCGAGACUGUGCCGCGCACGCUACUCGGCCUCCAGCGCAAGCUUAGUCCCACGCGCUUCUUCUUAGCCCCCGUCGCGCCCCUCGUAGGAGUCGCGGACGCCGGAGCCACCCGGGAAGAAGUCAGAGAAGCCGCGCGGCCGUCGUAACCGCCAUGCCCAAGAAUAAAGGUAAAGGAGGUAAAAAUAGACGCAGAGGUAAGAAUGAGAAUGAAUCUGAAAAAAGAGAACUGGUGUUCAAAGAGGAUGGGCAAGAAUAUGCCCAGGUAAUCAAGAUGUUGGGAAAUGGACGAUUAGAAGCGAUGUGCUUUGAUGGUGUGAAGAGAUUAUGUCACAUCAGAGGGAAAUUGAGAAAAAAGGUUUGGAUAAAUACCUCAGACAUCAUAUUGGUUGGUCUCCGAGACUACCAGGAUAACAAAGCUGAUGUGAUUCUAAAAUACAAUGCAGAUGAAGCAAGAAGUCUAAAAGCAUAUGGCGAGCUUCCUGAGCAUGCUAAGAUCAAUGAAACUGAUACAUUUGGUCCUGGAGAUGAUGAUGAAAUUCAGUUUGAUGACAUCGGGGAUGAUGAUGAAGACAUUGAUGAUAUCUAAAUUGAACCCAACAUUCUACAUUCCAAUUUUUCGGAAGAUUGUCCUGCAGUGUGGAUUUUGGCCAUAACCCUCCAAGAAGAAGUUUUCAUUAGUAUGAUUGUAAUUUAUUAAGGCAGUUUGAUUUGGUUCUAAGGUAUUUGUUUCUGUAAAAACUGUUAAUGCUGAAUUAUCUGAAGUGAAAUGUUAAGCCCACUUCAUUCUUUUGAUGUAAUGGAGCUCACGGGUAGAAGACCACAUGUAUUUCAAAAAUAGUGCAUUACUGCCUUUCCUGCUCUGACCACUCCCAGUUAAGUAAAUGGGUGUUUUGAAUAAGCCAUUUGCUUUGUAUUCAUUACAGAUUGUGAUUAAUUCCUAACUUCCAACUAGCCUGUUGACUAUAUAGAAUCUCUCUAUAUUCUGGUUACCUAGAUGUUCCCUAAAGAUUUUGAUAACAAUUUAAAGGAGGCCUAAAUCUGCAUUUGAAUUAAAAAACAGUAGGUUUGUUUUCCAUAUAUUAGUAGCAUGUGGCUAUUUUUAUACUAAUUUUUAUAUCAUUACAUUGUUUUCAUGAUUUUACUUUGCCAUCAUAAACAUAUGGGCUGGGGGAAGCAUUUCCCAAAAGUAGUUUUUAGAACCUGGGUUUUAAUACCAGUUUUGAAUUUAUAAGUUUAGUUGCAGAAAUUAAACACUAGGUGGCACCCACUUACCUUAACAGUGGAGAUACUGGUAUCCUCCUUGAGGUGUUUUUUUUAACUACUGUGCAUAGAAAAUUUCCCAGACAAGAAAAGACUGUUUUGAUCAUAUCUAUGUAGGCUAUUUUUACAAAACAAAAAGACUGUUUGAAAAUGUUAUUUUCAGGGCUGGGGAUUUAGCUCAGUGGUGCCGCCGCCUGCCUCGCAAGCGCAAGGUCCUGAGUUUGAUCCCCGGUACCCAAAAAAAAAAAAAAAAAAUGUUAUUUUCAGAAGUCAUCAUGUAGUUAUAAUAGUGACUGUUUCAUAAACAUUUAAUAAGGGCUGGGUGUGUAACUCAGUGAAAAGUCCCUGGGUUCAAUCCUCAGCACAGUGCUGGGAGGAAAAAAAAAAGAUGGUCUUCAAUUUCUGAAUAGAAGAGAGAGCUACUGUGUGAAAUACGCUAAAAUGUCAUGCUGCAGAAUAUAUUAUAUCCUCACUUUCUAAUAAGGUUUUAUGAUAUGGGCGAUUUGGUGGUAUAUGUGCUGCCAAAGUGAGCUCGAUAUGGGCAGUUUGGAUUGAUGGGGUUUUUUGUUUCUGUUUUUGCUUGUAUUGGUAAUUUAGGUUUACCUUUCCUUUUAGUUUAUCAGCUUUUCUAAUUAAAUGAAGUUAGGGCUGAGCUAGUCAAGCUUCACUAGCUACAUUAAAAUAUGCCUUUUUAAAGCAGAUGCAUAUGUAGCUUGUGGAACUUUUACUAUGUUGGUCUCUAGAGAACUUUUCAGUGAUGGAAAGUAAUACACAAAGGAAUGAACAAGAUCUUUUAAAAUCUCACUUUUAACUAAUUUUCUUUCUUAGGUAUGCAAACUCUGAAUUCAAACUAUGAGGUACUAUAAACAUUACUGCAGUGCAUUGUUGUGGUUCCUGUUUCUUAUUCUGUGGAAUUUCUGUGCACUUACCUAGGUGGAUGCAUCUAAGACCAAGGGCUGGUUUUUAAUAACUCAGAAGAAACCAUCCUUGAAGAAUUUACUUGGCAAUUGUCUUCCUCAGUAACCUAAACCUAGGGUAUUUAUGCUUGUAUACCUAAAAGUGUUUUUGCUGAAUUUACAGUGUAUAUAUAUAUAUCCUUACGUGUGAUUUUACAAAGAAUGUUUGAACUCUGCAUAUGUGAUACAGUUUUGGUAGCGAUAGUACAAUUCAAAAAUAAGUUUUUCUAUGUACCGCCUCUAACAAAUAUGGUUUAAGAGUUUUUUAAAAAGUACUAUGACCCCAAAUCAUGUACCUGCUGAUGGUAUAUUUUUUCAUGUGUUGGUAAUAACAGCCAAAUCUAGUGCUGUUUACAUCCUGGAAAAUCUAGAUUGGUAAUUAUUAAAAUAGUUGAGGUGCAAUUGUAGCUCAUACACAGUGCUACUAUGAGAAAUUCUUUGACUAACUAGUAUUUGAUGUGGAAAUUGUAUCGUUUCGCUGAUUCAUGUUUCAAGUAAGGAAUGGAAGUGAUCCACAAGAAAACCUGUUUUUUGUUUUAUUUGGUUUUUUUGGUUAUAUUUUUUAUUCCCAUAAUACAGUGCUAUAAGCAAUACUCAGAAAAUAAAAUAUUUGAAGUCUAAAAAUAAUACUUCUUACUGCUAAGAAGGUAUAAUUAUUACUAAUCAAUUUGAUAGGGAUACAUUUUUAAUGCAGUCUAUUCUACUUCCACUUAGAAUAUAUGGUGUUAUGUUACUAAAGUAGCUAAAUAACCAAACAAAGGAUUUGUGCAAAAAGACUUGCCAAAAUUUACUUGACUGUUGAAUCUUGAACAUCCAGCUUUUAUAGGGACUUCUUAAGAAGCCCAUAAACUAUGCAUGAUGAAAAUUUUUUUAUAUUUUAUUGAAAAAUAGCCAUUGGUUUACUCAUCACAACUAUGGAAUCAUGGCUAUAAAUAGCUGCUUAAAAACUGUGUGACUUGUAAUUUAACUUAAUCUCAUCUCUUACAUAAAUAUUACACUAUGAUGUUGAAUAACAUCUUUAGUAGGAAUAAACUGCUGUCAAUCUUGACUUCAGAGAAACUCUGAGUAAUCAAAUAGAUAAAAGCAUGUUUUGAGUAAAAUAGGUAGAGUUCUACUUCAUUUGUAUUGUGUACAGAUUUAACAAUAUCCAGCAUUGUGGCCUGACAGAUAAAAGUAUCAGAAUGAAAAUGAGGUUCCUUGUGUUACCUGACUGUCAAAUAAUUAAAAGGAUUUAUAUUAAUUUAAGAUGUUUAUACUGCUCAGUAAGGGUAAGUUUCAUUUAUAUUGUUAGGAACACCCACAAAUUUUUGCAGACUACUUUGUGUCUUUGGUUUACCUUAAACCCCCUCCCCCUUUUUAAAUUUUGAGACAGGGUCUUACUAGUUGCCCAGGCUAAGGUCAAACUUGCAGUCCUGCCUUAGCUUCUCAGAGUGCAACCACUGAGCUUUUUAUCCUUGCUUUUUUUCCCUUCCUAUUCAGGAAAGAAUAACUUCUAAAUUAAGGCUUAAUACAUGUGUGAGAAAACACUAGACUCUCAGGUAUAAAAUGAACUGAGCAAUUUGGAGAGUGUAUUGGAUUUUGCCCCCACCCCCAGUACUUUUGAGGCAGUGUGCUAGAAAGGGAAGAGCAGGGGUCCCUAGGGUCCAGUGGCCUAUACCACAGCCCCACUUUGCCCUCUGCUGCCAGUAACCACAAGUGCUUUCUACAGCUUAUCUCAGAUUCAGGCUCCAAACCUGUAAGAUACAGAUGAUCAGAACAGUACCUGCCUCACAGAAUUGCUGGGAGAAUUAGUAAUGUAGAUGUUUAUAUAUGUGAUGCACUUAGAACAGUGUCUGGCUCUUUUCACUUUGAUGUCCAGGACUGUGUAAGAAAAUGCAUGUCUUCUGAAUUCUCUACUUACCAUAUCUUUUGCUUGCAGUCUUUGAUUCCUAUAAUAGAAGGAACAGUAGAAUUUAUAUUUGUAUAUUCAUGUGGACACAUAAUUGCUUCCAACCUUGUUUAAAAUUUCAGUGUAAGACUAAGAAGUCUCAAAGUUGCUUGAAGAUAUUUUAUAGAAUACUAACUGCUCUAUAUUUCUUUAUAGAAAGUUUAUAGUUGCUAGUAUUGAUGGCUAUGGGCAUCUCAUUUUUAAGUUUUAAUGAACUCUUUUACUAUAGAAUCAUGACAACUAAUUAGUACUGACUCGUUUAGAGGUUUCUUUUCUCACCAUAUGUAAUACUGUAAAGAAAUCAGAUGCAAACUGCUACAACUAGAAAAUAAAAUAUAAACCAGCUUUCAA